AUUUGUCAGACCUACCUGUGUAAGUAUACGACCCUAAUCAUAACGCAUUGGGCGUAGUAAUAAAAGUGGUAAGCUACCCUAGAGGACUAGCGUCCUCAAGCGUCAAUUUUGACGAACAUUGUGCGUUCAAUGGUUAACCAAAUCCCCGUGCCACAGGCCAAAUAUGAAUUGUUAACAGACGUCCGACAACCACGUUGGAGAACGCAAGUUCUGUGCUUGGCAUUAGUAUCUUUGAUACUUGGAGUUCUUUUCGUGACACGCGCGUGGUUGGGAAUUGUUAUCCUUCGCUCUCCAAGAGCGAAGACACUCGAUACAGAAACACUAACAGACAAUGCCAAGAUUGCUACGUGGUUACGUCGGGCUCGGAUGUACGCCGAGUCGACGAAGGAGAACCAGAAUGCGGACAGGAACAACAGCAUCAGUUCGCCACAACACUACACCAAUUCCACAGGGCAAAUCAUUGUCUGUUAUUACACCAUAUCGAGCGACCUGAACACGUUCUGGGAGCUCAGUCCGUCGCACAUUGACCCUGAUCUUUGUACGCAUAUUAUCGUGGGUUUUGCGGGCGUGGUGAAUUGCAGCCUAGAUUUGGGCAGCAAUUUAUCAAUCUACAAAGAAGUUAUCGCCUUGAAGAAAUUGCAACCUCAAUUAAGGGUCAUGAUCAGUGCUGGCGGCAGUAAUGAGCUCCACUUAGGUUUUUCAGAAAUGGUAAAAAAUCAUGCAAAUAGGAAAAGAUUUAUACGGUCCGUUUUAAAUGUGACAAAGACAUUUGGUUUCGAUGGACUCGAUUUAGAUUGGGAAUUUCCUGCAUGGCUUGGAGCUGAUGAACGGGAAAAACUCCAUUUCGUACAAUUAUUAGAGGAAUUACGAAGAGAAUUUUACCACGCUACAAAAACGUUGAUUCUUUCUGUUGCAGUAGCUGCUCCACAAGCUAUUGUUGAUCAAAGCUAUAUGGUUGCAGAAAUGGCAAAGUAUGUAGAUUUUGUGAACUUGAUGUCAUAUGACUACCAUUUUUAUGUAUGGUACUAUCCAAUUACCGGACUCAAUGCACCGCUUUUCUCACAUGCUGCUGAAUCCGGCUAUCUUUCUACUCUAAAUGUUAAUUUUUCGGCUCAUUAUUGGCUUUCAAAAGGGAUGCCAAGAGAAAAGUUAAUUGUUGGGAUUCCUACUUAUGGCCACAACUAUAGACUGGAUAAUCCGCUGAAUCACGAUUUACUAGCACCAGCAAAUGGUUUUGGAGAAUUGGGGAAGAUGGGUUUCGUUUCUUAUCCUACAGUUUGCGAGUUCCUUCAAAACGGCGCAAAGAGCGUUUUCGAAGAUGAAAGCAAAGUUCCCUAUGCCUAUAAGGACAGAGAAUGGAUCUCAUAUGAUAAUGUUACAAGUGUUUACUAUAAGGCUAAAUGGAUUCGUGUGAAUAAUUUUGGAGGAGCAAUGAUAUUAUCCUUAAAUGUUGAUGAUUGGAAUAAUACAUGUAAAUUCAAUGAAAGCUUUCCUUUAACUCGUACUGUUAGCAAGAUUCUCAGGUAUCAAGCCGAUUAAUCCAUUUUCGUUUGUCUCUUCUUUACAUUCCAAACAUAGAUAUUCCUUGAAAAGUAUUUAAUCAAUCAAAUCGAAACUGCUUCUUCUUAAUUUCUUACAGUGUCAUAAAGUAUUGCUUGCUCUUAAAAGAAAACUUUUGUCUUUUUUCAAAAUAAUUUAAUUGCAUUUGCAAUUGUUUGCAUAUCAUAAAGUACAACUAUAAUUUUAAUUCCAAGCUAUUAAAUUAAACAUAAACGUAUUUAUUUAUUAUUAUUAAAACAUAACAUAAUUCAUUUAUAAACAUAUAGGGAGAAAUUAAAGAUGAAUAAUAGAAUAUUUAUUAGUCAUAUUUAUUACACAGUAAUAGUCAUAUCUAAAUCAAAAUUCUUUAGAAAUCUUUUUGAUGAUCGGAUAUGAUACUGUAUGGCCGAAUCACUCAUAAGUAUACUUAUGUUAUAAAAUUCCAGAGUGCAAAAAUAUGUAUAUCCUGGGUUUUAACAGCAGUUACCCUUACUUCCUACACUCCUUGGCCAGGUAUCUGUAUUUUUUAGGCUGAUGCAAUAUUGAUUUGCCUGUUAACUUCAAAUUUUCUUUCUAUAUCUUUUUCCAAACAAUUCUUUAACGUCCGAUAAUUAUCACUAUUUGUAAGACAUCUGGAUUGCACUUUUCUACACGUAGUCUUACUGGCCAUAUACAGACCAAUAAUGAUCUCCUCUUUUACCCCCCCCCCCCCCUCACCCUUGCUCUGCCACAUAGAUCCAUACAAAAGCAAAAUGGUAUCGGACCAACUGCUUUCGGCGACCUUUAACACGCAUCGUCGCUAACACAUAUGUACAUGUAUACAAAAGGAACCUUAAGGAGGAAAAUUACUUUCCUACCUAGCCUUGUACAAAUUGUUACCAAGUACACCCUAUUAAUUAUAGUUAAUAACAAUUAUUUACAUUGUAUUUAUUCAUUUCCAUUUUACUUGUUUUGUUUGAAAUAUAAUUUAUUUUGAAACAUAAAUUUGUUUUCUUUUUUACAUAUAUUAGUAGAUAUUAAUCUAAAAACUUAUGUUAAGGUAGGAAAUAAAGAAACUAAAUAGUACAUUAUUAAUUAAUAAUUUUGUGCGAAUUCCGAGGAUUAAUAUUUCAAUGAUUGGGAAAUUCAAAUUUUGGAAUUAAUGAUAUUUAAUUAUUAUGUAAACUAAAUCGUUCAACAUUACUACCUCGAAAAGAUUUUUGUGAUUUUUUAGUUAAAAGUUAGUAUUAUAAUUUAAGCGAACUUUCUAAUAAACAAAUAAGUGGUAGUUUAUUAAUUUAAUGUCACCUAUGGUAAUUUUCGUCAAACUUUCAUUGCGAAGAAAACUUCUACUGAUGCACACAUGUUGACCAAAAAAAUUGGUUAUUGUAAAGUUUAUGCUAGCUCCCUAUCUUUUAAAAGUCAGCGUCUGGAAACUUUGACCUCAAAAAGUUAAGAGUUUGAAUUUCUCGACUGUUCAAAGGAGUUAAUAGUCUUAAACAGACGUUGAAUUUACUGUAUUUACUCUUUUCAGUUUUAUUCUUUUUUAUGUAUUACUUAUCACUAUAAUAAACGUAACAAGUGUUUUAGAAGAUGCCUUGUAAUAGAAGUUAUUAAAAGAAAUUAAUUCGUGUUUUUAAAUUUACAAAUGUAAAGCUGCAACUUAAAGUAUGUAAUUAAUUAUCAUUUAAAAUUAUUAAAUAUGAUUCCUCUAUUAUAGAUAUGUAUUAUCAUGAUAAUUACUGUUAAUUAAAUGAAGUUAAAUUUCAACAUAAUUUAUAAUAUAUAUAUAUGUCGGGUUCACAUUAUGAUUAGGGUUAGGGGCGUGUAACGAAUCUUCAUUUGGAUUAGACAUUGUUAUUAUGCAAUAGAGAAGAUAUUUACUAGUACAAAUAUGACUAUUAGUACAAGUGUGGAUAUUACAGAAUUAACAAGUAACCGCGGUGAUUAGACACUAAUGACAAUGGUCUUAGGUUCGAUAACGAAUCCGCGGUCAACGGGAUAACAAAUGUACUUUCUUCCAAAGUCUAAGUCGAACUUGAUUUACGUGUCUACGAUACUAGUAUUACUAAACUAACUCUUUGUUAGAACGUAGAGUAUUCACUGAUCGUGAAGACGCUAUGUAAUUCGCUAAUGAGACCUCACGAGAGAAUGACUUUCUUUCACGAUGAUGCUGCAGAGGGAAAACUAUGAUAGGGUGUGUCUAAGGACACGAGAUCAUCGGAUUCGUCGAGGAAAGCCUUCGUUCGGAAAGUGAGAGAACUGGACGUUGCUGUUAAUUGGUUAAUUUCUAUGUUGGUGGUUGAAGAAGGAUACUAAUCACCCUUGAGACAGAGUUGCUAGCAGGAAGCGUUGUACGUGAGGAAAGCAGAUUUCCCGUAUCUUUCCCUAGUAGGUGAUAGAUUUAGGGACUGCUAAGACUAAGACUAUUUGUCAGUUUGAAGAACCUUAGCUAAAUAAAUCCUAAGAUUUGUAGCUGGCUCUUAGGCUAGCUGGAAAUGGAAGAUGGCAAUCAUCUUGUUCGAAGAAUGGGGUCUUUGUGUAGCGAACAACGGGAAAGAAACCGUUGAAGAGUUUACUGUCGCGUGCCGCUACAACUAUAUUUUUUUAAGUAGAGCUAUACGAUUACUCCAUACCUUUGUUAGGUAAAACGUUCAUCCCAUGACCGCGGCUACGUUUAGCGACUGGUUGUGUCACUUCAAGUACAAGCUCAUUGUUAUAAAUCUCGGACAAACAUAAACGGAUUAAAUCGUAAACAAUUACUUAAGUACGGCUUAUGAUAAGAAUCUAGACUAAAGUAUUGAGAUUUUCCCAAGGAUUGCAAAGAAAAGGCCCCGAUGUCCUUUCAUCUCCGACAGAUAUAAAAUAACUUUUUUAUUGAUUUAAGUAUUGGUAAAAGAUGUUGAAAUAUAGGAAAUAUUCGAAUAUCUCAAUAACACAUUACAAUUUCCUAUAUAUUAAAAUUUUUAAUAUUCGUUGAAAGUUAAAAAAAGAAAAAUAAUUAAUAGAAAAUGAUAUUUUUUAAUUAUACAUUUCCAAACCGAAUAUAGAUAUGUUAAGUUUUAUACAGAAAUGUAUUUUUAAUUUUAACGAAAGUAAAAGCAUAAUUUGAGCGAUAUUAAUCAUUUUAGAAGUAUAGUAAUGAUUUUUCUUUUUAUUAGAUUUUUUAAACUUUGCCUCUAAUUAUAUAAUCAAACUAUCAUAAUGUGCCAUAGUAUCGUAAAUAAAAAAAAGAAAAGAAUAGCUUUACGUUAAAUCGGAAACAUAUUUAUUGCACUCAAAUUCAUAAAUUGAUUGCAAUGAAGUUGUUUAUCAGAAUAAGAAUUAAAACUAUCAUGUAUCAUUUAUUUAAUAUUAAUAUUAAAAGAUAUAUUGUUAAAAAUUAUUGCAAUAAAACUAAGAAAAAUAAACUGCAGCAUAACAAAAAUUAGUUUAUUCUAAUCAAAAUCAAGCAGAUCUAAUGGAAUAUGUGAAACGAAAAAAGAUUUAGCGUUUAAUUUACUCAUAAAGAGAUAGAACAAGCAUGUUAACAAGUAAAAUUUAUUAUUGAGAGAACAAAAAAUGAAACAAUAUUCUUAGAUUAUCGUAAAAUAUGCCGUAUUCUCUUAGUUUUACUGCGGUAAAUAUAAAGAAUUCUAUAAGAUAGUUUUAAGCAUCAUAACUUCGUCCAUGUUCGAAUAGAAUUUUUGACUAAUAAGUAUGUAUGUAAUUUUUUCAUUUCACUAUGCAUAUCUUUUAUCCAUGUAAUGAGAAUGCUUAAUAAAAAGUACUAUUGAAUUACUUUCUCAAUUUUCCUCACAUUUUUCAAAGAUGAAGAUUUUAAUAAGUCUUUUCCAAACAAAGUAUAUUAUUUCUAUAAAGUAUUAUUUCAACAAUACCAUAUAUUACGAAAACAAUAGUCAUAUAAUUGUACGUGCAUAUUUGUUGAUAUAAAACUAUAAGAAACUGUUCUAUAUGUACAUAUGUAUUUUCUUGUACGAGAAGAUUAUUGAGGCAUGCGCAUAAAAUUCGUUCCGAAGGAUGGAUCCCCACGAUCAACAAGUUAUCCUACUCUUUACCAAAUCAUUCAGUUCUUCCGCAACGCUCGUGGCAUGAACAUUGUGUCACUAGUGUCUUCAUAAUAUUCUAUUGUAUUUCCUUGGUAUCCGAUUUUCAUUAUCGGUAUACAGUUUACGUUGAUUAUAAUUAGUUCAUAAGUUAACAAACUAAACGUGACUAAAUUUGCUGGCAUAUAUAUUGAAGAUUAUCAAUUUUUUCGAAACUAUUAAUAGUUUGAAUCAAUCGGGGUAAGUAGCAAUGUAGUUUCUUUUCAAUUAUAUUUAAAACAUAUUAACACUGCAUUAAUCUGCCUUUACAUCCCAUUGAUGUACUAUGUAUAUUCAUUUUUCUUUUUUUUUUUCUUUAAAGUGUUUUAUAUAUAUAAUAUAUAUUUUUUUUACGCACACACAUGCGCGCGCGCGCGCAUCCGUACACACACAUACCCAUACACGAAA